CAUCCAUACGUCUCUCUCCAUCUUCUUCAUCUCCUCAAUCUCCUCAUCAAGCAGUUUUCUUUCUUACUUUCAGGUUUUGAAAGGUUAUCCUCACUUGAGAAUUUGGAGUUUCUUGAUUUAGGUUCUAAUAACUUCAACACUGAUAUUUUAUCAUCCCUAACUCAUCUCUCAUCUUUGAAAUAUUUAUAUCUAUAUGGCAAUCACAUGAAAGGAAGAAUUAAUAUUGAAGGUGGUGAAGAAUUAUUAAAUAUGAGCAAUCUAGAAUUUCUAGACAUGAGUAUGAAUUACCUUGAAAAUGAUGUUUUAUCAUCUCUCAAGGGUCUCUCAUCUCUCAAGGGUCUCUCAUCUCUAAAAACUCUGUGGAUGAGUUAUAAUCAAUUGAAAGGACCUUUUGAUUUAAAAGAAUUGGAUACCAUGAGUAAUUUGAAGGAGCUGAGUUUGGAUGGAAACAACAUUACAAAGUUUAUCGGUUCAAGAGGAAUGAAAAAUUUGAGAGCCCUUUAUCUAAUCACUAUAAAAGGAAGCAGCAUGCUGUUACAAUCAUUGGGAGCAUUCACCAAUCUCAAGACCUUAUAUAUGAGCGGAAGUGAUUUAAAAGGGACAAGAUUUGUUCAAUAUUCUAAUCUCACCAAUUUGAGAAAGUUAUAUCUAGAUGGCUCUUAUGUGGAUGGAAACUUCCUCCAAAGUCUUGAAGCACUUCCUUCACUUAAAAUAUUAUCAAUGCGAAACUGUGGAUUUAGUGGCAUCAUACCUGUGAACCAAGAUUCUAAUCUCACCAAUUUGAGAGAGUUAUAUCUAGACUACUCUUCGGUGGAUGAAAACUUACUCCAGUAUCUUAAAGCACUUUCUUCUCUCGAAACAUUGUCAAUGCAGGGCUGUGGAUUUAGUGGUAUCAUAACUAUGAACCAAGGUAUUUGCAAAUUGAAGCAUCUCCAAAUACUAGACAUUAGCUACAACGAUCUCAGUGGUAACUUACCUCUGUGUCUAGCAAAUUUGACUUCUCUUCGACAAUUAGACCUCUCUUUCAAUCAUUUCAUUGGAAACAUCUCUUCAUCUCCACUUGAGGGUUUAACAAAUCUCGAAUAUCUAUCAGUUUCAGGCAAUCUUUUUCAAAUCCCAAUCUCAUUAAGUUCAUUUUUCAACCAUUCAAAACUCAAGUACAUGGAAAGUAGGGGUAACAAAAUAUUUGCAGAAACAGAUGAUCAGUACUUGAACUCAAGAUUUCAAUUGGAGAGGCUUGUAUUAUCUAGUGGUGGAUAUUGUGGAGCAUUCCCCAAAUUCCUUUAUCACCAGCAUAACCUACAAUUUGUUGAUCUAUCACACAAUCAAAUGAGAGAAGGGUUUCCAUCUUGGUUGUUGCAGAAUAACACAAAAUUGGAAGAACUUUACUUAAUCAACAAUUCUUUAUCAGGGCCUUUGAAAUUACCAAUUCAUUCCCAUAUGAAUUUGUCAUUGUUGGAUAUCUCAGACAAUUUCUUUCAAGGCUACAUCACACCAGAGAUAGGAACAUAUCUGCCAAAAUUGUCACAUUUAAACAUGUUGGGAAAUGGUUUCAGUGGUAGCAUUCCUUCUUCAUUUGGAAAUAUGAGCUUGUUGAGAUAUUUAGACUUAUCCAACAAUAGAUUGUCAGGUACUAUACCAGAGGACUUAACCAUUGGUUGUGUCUCAUUGCGAGAACUCAUACUUUCAAACAACAGUUUGCAAGGCCAAAUAUUUUCUGAAAUCUCUAACUUAAGGUUUCUGUAUGAGUUACAAUUGGAUGGCAAUCAAUUCACUGGCAGCAUUCCACAUAGCUUGUCUAACAGCUCCUUUUUACAAGUGUUGGAUCUUAGACAUAACAACUUAUAUGGUAGGAUCCCAAGGUGGCCGGGGAACAUGUACUUUCUUCGCGUUUUGGAUCUUUCAAUGAAUAAUAUCUCUGGAAGUCUACCAUCUAACUUGUUCUCUUCAAAUAUAAGAGAAAUUUAUUUGUCUAGAAAUGAGCUACAAUGAUCUUUGGAGGAUGCAUUUUAUGGUUGCUAUGAGCUAAAUGUGUUAGAUUCGGACCAUAAUCAUAUGACUGGAAGCAUUCCAUCAUGCCACAAUUUGAGAGUAAUGGACAUCAGUUACAAUCACCUCUCUGGUAAGAUUCCGAAUUGGAUCAGGAAUAUGUCUUCUCUUCAAAUUUUGGAUCUUUCACAGAACAACAUUUCUGGAAGUUUACCAUCCAAUUUCUGUCCAAGAGAUUUAACAGAAGUCCAUUUGUCUAAAAAUAUGCUGCAAGGAUUGUUAAAGGAUUCAUUCUAUAAUUGCCCUUCAUUGGUGGUGUUAGAUCUUAGCCAUAAUAAUUUGAUAGGAAGGAUACCAAAAUGGAUUGGAGAGAUUCCAUUGGGCUAUAUUCUCUUGAGUCAUAAUCAUUUUGAAGGUGAAAUCCCAAUUCAGCUAUGCAAGUUGGAUAAGUUAAGCUUGAUUGAUCUUUCUUAUAACAAUCUUUCUGGUCAUAUUCCUCAUUGCCUAAGAUGCAGCAGUAAUUAUUGGUAUAGGCAACAAGAAGCUUUACUCGAUCCUCCUACCACUGCUUUAGCUCCAAGUGUUGCUUAUUCUCCUGACGUACAACCCGAACAGCCAGUAGAGUUUACAACCAAGAACUCUUCUUAUUUUUACCAACCAAGCAUCCUUCACUAUUUCUCUGGAAUUGAUCUCUCUUGUAACAAUUUGACUGGUGAGAUUCCUCCUGAAUUAGGAAAGCUCGACAUGAUCAAGGUAUUAAAUCUUUCCCACAACAAGUUGAUUGGAGCAAUCCCACCCACAUUUUCAAACCUAAGGCAAAUUGAGAGCUUGGAUCUUUCUUAUAACAAUUUGCAAGGGAAAAUUCCUUCUCAACUUACUCAGCUAUAUUCUCUAGCUGUAUUCAAUGUAGCACACAACAAUCUAUCUGGCAAAACACCUGAGAGGGUUGCACAAUUUGCAACAUUUGACCAGAGUAGCUACGAGGGAAAUCCUUUGUUGUGUGGACUGCCACUGCCGAAGAGUUGCAACAACACAUCUCCAUCACCACCAGUAACUCCAACAGAAGAAAAAGAAGAUAACGGCUUCAUGGAUAUGGGUGUUUUCUAUGUGAGCUUUGUGGUGUCGUACAUCAUGGUGUUGCUAGCAAUAGCAGCAGUUCUAUACAUAAACCCAUACUGGCGACGAAGAUGGUUUUACUUCAUAGAAACGAGCCUUACCAAUUGCUAUUAUUUUCUGGUGGACAAUAUUCCUCUACUGUCCAAAUUGGGAGUAUCAUAGAAUGGAGAAUCUACAAGUUCAAUACUUGAUUAUCUAUGUUUGACAGUGUUCAAUUAAUUGCAUUUUGUUCUUGAAUUUCUGCCAUUUGUAGUUUGAUUUAAGCUAAUUUAAAUAC